UUGCCUGUAAAACUUUUGAAUGACUUUAUAAAGUAGCCGGAGGAAGCAGCACUUGUUGUACCGGGAAGUACGUGAUGCUGGCAGCGGGGAUGGCUCGGUCGUGCCCGAGCUCUCACACAGGCCUGUGCUGGCUGCUAGUGGUCUCUCUGGCCGUGAUCCUGCUGGAUGCCAGUGCUGCUGAUGUGAAUGCGACCAGAAGCCUGGUGUGGGGGCCGGGGUUGAAUGCUGACAUUGUGCUGCCCGUCAGAUACUUCUACAUCCAGGCAGUGAGCAGCAGCGGGCACAACCUCACCCAUUCCCCAGGUAACAAAACCUUUAAAGUUGUGAUAAAAUCACUCUCUUCCAAAGAAUUCACCAGGAUUCAUGUUCCUGAUCCUCUGGAUAGGAAUGAUGGCUCCUUUCUGAUGAGAUACCGCAUGUAUGGGAGUGCCACUGAAGGGUUAAUUAUUGAAGUUCUUCAUGGAGAUAAACAUGUUGCUAAAUCUCCAUACAUAUUAAAAGGGCCUGUGUAUCAUGAAUACUGUGACUGCCCAGAAGAAGAUCCUCAAAUCUGGCAGGAGACCUUCUCUUGUCCAACGCAAGACAGUCAGAUUUCCAAAGAUUUUGCUCCUUUCUCAAGUAUAGACCUUAACAGAAUGCUGGAGGAAGUGCCUCGUAGAUUUGCAGAGAAGAGAGGAGCCAUUGUUCAUUACACCGUCCUCAAUAACAACAUCCAUCGACGUUCCUUGGGCAAAUACACCGACUUUAAGAUGUUUUCUGAUGAGAUGCUGCUGUCAUUGGCAAGAAAGGUUCGCCUGCCUGAUUUUGAAUUCUACAUCAACGUUGGGGAUUGGCCUGUGGAACAUCGAAAGGCUAAUGAUACCCCAGGGCCUUUACCAAUGAUCUCUUGGUGUGGUUCCACAGACUCUCGAGAUAUCAUCCUUCCCACAUAUGAUGUCACUCAUUCAAGUCUUGAAGCCCUUCGUGGUGUAACGAAUGACCUUCUCUCUAUUCAAGGCCAUACAGGCCCCUCCUGGAUUAACAAAACGGAGCAGGCUUUUUUCAGAGGAAGAGAUAGUAGAGAGGAACGACUGCAACUUGUCCAGAUGUCCAAAAAGUAUCCAGACCUGCUGGAUGCUGGUAUAACCAGCUAUUUCUUCUUCCGAGAGAGAGAAGAGGAAUUGGGGAGAGCUCAGCUCAUUGGUUUCUUUGAUUUCUUUAAAUACAAAUACCAGGUGAAUGUGGAUGGCACAGUGGCAGCCUACAGAUUCCCUUAUCUACUGAUGGGUGACAGUGUAGUGUUGAAGCAAGCCUCCCCUUACUAUGAGCACUUCUACACGGCUCUUAAACCAGGGAAACAUUACAUUCCCGUGAAAAGAAAUCUUGGGGAUUUAAUUGAAAAAAUACAAUGGGCUAAGGAUCAUGAUGAAGAAGCCAAGAAGAUUGCAAGAGAAGGGCAAGCACUUACCAGAGAACUGCUCCAGCCACACAGACUGUAUUGCUACUAUUAUCAUGUUUUUCAGAAAUAUGCUAAACUUCAAUCAAGUAGUCCACAGAUCCGCGACAAGAUGGAACAUGUACCUCAGCCAGAUGACAACUCCUCUAUCUGUAAAUGCCACAGGAAGAAGACUGAAAAAGAAGAACUAUAGCCUUUGGGGACAAGUAUAAAUAUAUAAUUGCCAUUUUAGGAUUUAAAAGUCUGUCAUUUGUUUACACUUUUGAUGAGGUAUUAUUGUUACCAGUGGCAGACGUCACACGCACAGCAUUACUGGUAUUCUGCACAAUUUGCCAUUUUAUAUGACAAUCCUAUAUAUCACAAUUCCUCUAAUUUUCCCUUGUAGGAAUCUCUUGAAACUGCUAAGAUAAAGUAAUCAUGUAUAAGGACAUCUUGCUAAUGUUUUACCUACAAAUGCAGAGAUAAAUCUAAACUUAUUUAGUUUUGGUCAUAUAGAUUUUAAUAACACGUUUUUUUUUUCAGCACACCAAGGCUAUUUUAUAUGGACCCAGAAUCAGAUCAUAUGAGCCAUGUACAGUAUAAAAUAAAAUUAUGUAGCGUGAAAAAUGAAGGUCAGAUGCUGCACAAUGUACAGAUUUUUUAUUUACUACUUUGUAAAAUAGAUUUAUAAUAAAAUUGUUUAAAUAACA